AUGGCACUACCCAUGUGGGACCGGUGCGGUUCGAGUCUGAAAAGCCCCCAAUCAGUUCCAUGUAUCCAGAAGGAUGAAAUGGAGAGGCUCACGAGAGACCAAUUGGGCCCUUUCGCAAUGCUUCCCUGUCGGGGGUGGCGGUUGAUGAGGUGGCUGUUGAUGAAGACAUGCUCAGGUCGAGAUGGGAAGCCCAAGCUAGAUUUGGAGGUAGCUUGCGUUGUGGGAACCUCCAUCAGCUCGAGUCAAGGCGUCGUGGAACUUCCCACAAACCAACAAGAGAGGCAGGCGGUUGUCUUGUCAGGGGAGAAACGCCUCGCCGAUCAAUUUCCCAAGUAUUUUUCAGCGAGAGGACUCCCUCCCUCUGGCAAGAAAAGCCGAACUCGAGAUGGGAGAAAGAAAAAUCAAGAAAAGAAAAAGAAGUAUAACUAA